AUGGAUAGUGAGAUCUUUGAUAUUGUAGGAUUAUUGCAUUGCAUUGGUAGCAGAAGUAAGCACAGCAUCCUCCCGUGCACUAUCCCACACCUCGUAACAUCCGAGCCCGCAAGUUCACCUCAUCAGAAACACAGCUUCGACCCGGCGUUCGCCUCCACAGAUCCCUUCGCACUGCUCGCCGCGCUCAGGCUGUACGAGUACCUCACCGCCUUCCACGUAGCUGCAGCCCGCCACCUUCUCAGCAAACCGCCGGAACGAAGUAUCAAUCCUAGUCCACUCACUGGUCUCAGCUGUGCUCGCAGCCCCGCCAAAGUCGUUCUCGCUGGCGUUCGCGAACCCGUUGUCCGUGCUGUACAGCGGCCUACUCAUGUUCAGGUUCUCCCACUUAUUCAGCGCGUACAUCACCCGGAUCACCUUGUCCUCGCUCUCGUUGCUGUCCGAGUGUUCGACGAGCGAGGCCCAAGAUCCCAACAAUAG